GAUCAAAACUUUAACAAAAUCGACUUGCAUUGCGCAAAAAUUUAGCGCAAAUGAAGCCGAAUUGCAAGGACUCCAAAGCGCAAGUAGCCGCUAAAACAACAGCAACAAUUGGCACUACUACCGUUGCUGCUGCUGCUGCUGCUGCUGUAUCUACAGUCGAAGUGGAGAACGACGAGCGAUUGCAAUUUCUGCGCGAAAAUGUGUCACUUAUCGGCUGGAUGGGCAUCAUCGCAUCCACUACAAUGCUGCUCUGCACUGGGCUGUCAAUGCAAUGGAGUCACGAGGUGGUGCGCUAUUUUGUGUACGCGCUGCGCAAAUCUUUCGAAAUGGAACGCACGCGAGUGAUGCUACAACGAGUUAUAAUGGCAUUGAGCACAAGUGCUUACUCCUUGUCGGCCGUCAAUAUGCUUAUGAAUAUGUUCCUGGUCAUUGGCGUGGCUAAGCUCAACUACAAGCUCCUGCUGCCAUGGCUACUCUUUCAUGGUUUCCUUUUCGGGCUCUUCAUUCAUGUUGCCAUAUAUACGACCAUAUCCAGUCUGCUCAUUGAUUUCAGAAUAUUUGUUUUACUGGUCGCAUCCCUCACAAUUGUUCUGAUGAUUUUCUAUAAAAUAUCAUAUGAAGUAUUCCACUUGUACAAACUCUUACGUAGAAGUAGCGCGGCGAGAUAUCAAAGCGUGAGGGAAGAUCAAUCGAAUAGCAAAAAUUUCAUAGUUCUACAGUCUGAAGUUUAACAAAAUCAAUUUACUGUGAGACGUAAAUUUUACAUUUAUCUUACCAUUAAAAAAUGUAUUAAUCUUAAGUGAGUUCUUAUCUGAAAUUGCAUUUGCA